GGGAAGCUCCUGCCCGGUUCUCCACGAGGGUCGCUCUGUCGGGCCGGCUGGGUCUGGUUGGGUCUCUGUCGAGCUGGGUCUGGUGGACGCUGAACGGCGAAGCCCCUUCCCGAGCCGCGGCCUCGAGGCGGUUCCCGGCGGCCGGGGCCGGAAGGCGCGGGUCCGACACGGCCGCGGACGGCGACGUGGGCCGGGCGCGAGGAGUGACCUACAAGUGUGUGUGUGCCAGUGGGCACAAACUCACCUGGACAGCAGACUGUGACACUGCGCAUCCAGCACUCCCAGCUUCCAGUUCCUGAAUCAAGUAACUCAACUCUAAAACCCUUUCUUCAGAACGCUCAGCUUCCAGCAUUCGCUGUGGGCGGGGCUCUCCUUUGACCUCCAGCAAGUGUGAGUGCGGACUGCACAUCCGGGGCUCUGUUACUAGGGAAGAGAUGAUGGCAAUGGCCUCGGCAACUGUGGUGGUUCCUGCUGAGUGGAUCAAGAACUGGGAGAAAUCUGGGAGAGGCGAGUUUUUGCGUUUAUGCCGGAUUCUCAGUGAAAGUAAAAGCUGCGACACUUUGGCUUGUAGAGAUUUCCAACAAGCUCUCUAUGAAUUGUCAUACCAUGUCAUUAAAGGAACUUUAAAGCCUGAACAGGCAUCAAAUGUUCUUAGUGACAUCAGUGAAUUUCGUGAAGAUAUCCCGCUUAUUCUUGCCGAUAUAUUCUGCAUAUUAGACAUUGAGACGAAUUGUUUAGAAGAAAAAAGCAAGAGAGAUCACUUUACACAAUUGGUAUUAGCAUGUUUAUAUUUAGUUUCAGACACAGUUCUAAAGGAACGCUUGGAUCCAGAAACCUUGGAAUCGUUAGGCCUUAUUAAGCAAUCACAGCAGUUCAAUCAAAAGUCAGUUAAAAUCAAGACAAAACUCUUUUAUAAACAGCAGAAGUUCAAUUUGUUAAGAGAAGAAAAUGAAGGUUAUGCCAAGCUUAUUGUUGAACUGGGGCAAGAUUUAUCUGGAAAUAUUACUAGUGAUUUAAUCUUAGAAAUUCUCAAAUCUUUAAUAGGAUGCUUUAAUCUGGAUCCCAAUCGAGUUUUGGAUAUCAUUUUAGAAGUGUUUGAGUGUAGGCCAGAACACCAUGAUUUCUUUAUAUCUUUAUUAGAAGCCUACAUGAAUAUGUGUGAACCACAAACACUGUGUCAUAUUCUUGGAUUCAAAUUCAAGUUUUACCAGGAUCCAAAUGGUGAGACUCCAUCAUCUUUGUAUACAGUUGCAGCAGUACUUCUGCAGUUUAAUCUUAUUGAUUUGGAUGAUCUUUAUGUACAUCUUCUUCCAGCUGAUAGUUGCAUUAUGAAUGAAUACAAACGAGAAAUUGUGGAAGCUAAGCACAUUGUUAGAAAACUUACUAUGGUUGUAUUGCCUUCUGACAAAAGUGAUGAACGAGAGAAAGAAAAGAAAAAAGAUGAUAAAGUAGAGAAGGCACCAGACAAUCAAAAACUUGGUUUGUUGGAAGCCUUGUUAACUAUUGGUGAUUGGCAGCAUGCACAGAGUAUUAUGGACCGGAUGCCUCCGUACUAUGCAGCAUCACAUAAAGUAAUAGCCCUUGCUAUUUGCAAUCUUAUACACGUAACCAUUGAGCCUCUUUACCGAAGAGUGGGUGUUCCUAAAGGUGCUAAAGGCUCACCCGUCAAUGCUUUACAAAGCAAGAAGUCACCGAAGCAGGCAGAGAGCUUUGAGGACUUAAGGAGAGACGUAUUCAGUAUGUUCUGUUAUCUUGGUCCUCACCUUUCCCAUGAUCCCAUCUUAUUUGCAAAGGUGGUGCGCAUAGGCAAGUCAUUUAUGAAGGAAUUUCAGUCUGAUGGGAAACAAGAAAAUAAAGAGAAAAUGGAAGUUAUCUUUAGUUGUUUGCUUAGCGUUACUGAUCAGGUACUGCUUCCGUCUCUUUCUUUGAUGGAUUGCAAUGCGUGUAUGUCAGAGGAACUAUGGGGAAUGUUUAAAACAUUUCCUUAUCAGUAUAGAUACCGCUUAUAUGGCCAGUGGAAGAAUGAGACUUACCACAGUCACCCACUUUUAGUGAAAGUUAAGGCCCAUACAGUAGACAGAGCCAAGUACAUCAUGAAACGUCUGACCAAGGAAAACGUGAAGCCUUCAGGAAGACAGAUUGGGAAACUGAGCCACAGCAAUCCAACCAUUUUGUUUGAUUAUGUCUUGUCACAAAUACAGAAGUAUGAUAACUUAAUAACACCUGUGGUAGACUCAUUGAAGUAUCUCACUGCGUUGAAUUAUGAUGUUUUGGCCUACUGUAUCAUCGAGGCAUUAGCUAAUCCAGAAAAAGAAAGAAUGAAACAUGAUGACACAACCAUUUCAAACUGGCUUCAGAGUCUGGCUAGUUUCUGUGGUGCAGUUUUUCGUAAAUACCCAAUUGAUCUUGCUGGUCUUCUUCAGUAUGUAGCCAAUCAGUUAAAGGCAGGCAAAAGUUUUGACCUGCUUAUAUUGAAAGAAGUGGUACAAAAAAUGGCUGGGAUAGAAGUUACAGAAGAAAUGACAAUGGAGCAGCUAGAGGCUAUGACUGGUGGGGAGCAGCUGAAAGCUGAGGGUGGAUAUUUUGGCCAGAUAAGAAACACUAAAAAAUCCUCUCAGAGAUUGAAGGAUGCAUUACUGGACCAUGAUCUUGCCCUUCCUCUUUGUUUGCUUAUGGCUCAGCAGAGGAAUGGGGUGAUCUUUCAGGAAGGCGGAGAGAAACAUUUGAAACUUGUAGGAAAGCUGUAUGACCAGUGUCAUGAUACUUUGGUACAGUUUGGUGGAUUUUUAGCAUCAAAUUUAAGCACAGAUGACUACAUAAAGAGAGUACCUCCAAUUGAUGUGCUUUGUAAUGAAUUUCAUACACCCCACGAUGCAGCAUUUUUUCUGUCUCGGCCAAUGUAUGCACACCAUAUUUCAUCAAAGUAUGAUGAACUUAAGAAAUCAGAAAAGGGAAGCAAACAGCAACAUAAAGUUCAUAAGUACAUUACAUCAUGUGAGAUGGUGAUGGCUCCUGUCCAUGAAGCCGUGGUCUCCUUACACAUUUCCAAAGUCUGGGAAGACAUCAGCCCUCAGUUCUAUACCACGUUCUGGUCUCUCACAAUGUAUGACCUUGCAGUUCCACAUACCAGCUAUGAACGAGAAGUCAAUAAACUCAAGAUUCAGAUGAAAGCAAUUGACGACAAUCAAGAAAUGCCUCUGAAUAAAAAGAAAAAAGAGAAAGAGCGCUGUACUGCCCUCCAGGACAAGCUUCUUGAAGAAGAAAAGAAACAGAUGGAACAUGUACAGCGAGUGCUACAGAGACUGAAAUUGGAAAAGGACAACUGGCUCUUAGCAAAAUCCACUAAAAAUGAGACCAUCACAAAGUUUCUCCAGUUGUGUAUAUUUCCUCGAUGUAUUUUUUCAGCAAUUGAUUCUGUUUACUGUGCUCAUUUUGUUGAGUUGGUCCAUCAACAAAAGACUCCAAAUUUCUCCACACUUCUCUGCUAUGACCGAGUUUUCUCUGACAUAAUUUACAUGGUUGCUAGCUUUACUGAAAAUGAAGCUAGUCGAUAUGGGAGAUUUCUUUGCUGCAUGUUAGAGACUGUGACUCGCUGGCAUAGUGACAGAUCCACCUAUGAGAAGGAAUGUGGAAACUAUCCAGGAUUCCUUACUAUAUUACGAGCAACUGGAUUUGAUGGUGGAAAUAAAGCUGAUCAGUUAGAUUAUGAGAAUUUUCGACAUGUUGUACAUAAAUGGCAUUAUAAACUAACCAAGGCAUCAGUACAUUGCCUUGAGACAGGUGAAUAUACUCAUAUCAGGAAUAUCUUGAUUGUGCUAACAAAAAUACUGCCAUGGUACCCCAAAGUUUUAAAUCUGGGUCAGGCUUUGGAAAGAAGAGUGCAUAAGAUCUGCCAAGAAGAGAAAGAAAAGAAGCCAGACCUAUAUGUACUAGCAAUGGUCUACUCUGGGCAAUUGAAAAGCAGAAAGUCAUACAUGAUACCUGAAAAUGAAUUUCAUCACAAAGAUCCUCCUCCGAGAAAUGCUGCAGCAAGUGUACAAAAUGGGCCUUGUAGUGGGCUGCCAUCGUCCAUAGGAAGUACAUCUAAGUCAGAUGAGAGCAGUACUGAAGAGGCUGACAAGUCACGGGAAAGGUCUCAGUGUGGUGUGAAAGCUGCUAAUAAAGCUUCUAGUGCCAUACCAAAAGGGAAUUCAAACAAUGGGAUUAGUGGCUCUAACACCAAAGCUGUUAAGGAAAAUGACAAAGAAAAAGGGAAAGAGAAAGAAAAAGAAAAAAAAGAGAAGACCCCAGCUGUUAUUCCAGAGGUUAGGGUACUUAGUAAAGACAAUAAAGAAAAACCCAAGGAAGAGCAGCCAAAUAAAGAUGAGAAAAGAGAUACCAAGGAAAGAAUGCCUAAAUCUGACAAAGAUAAGGAAAAAUUAAAGAAGGAGGAAAAAGCUAAAGAUGAGAAGUUCAGGAUCAUUGUCCCCAAUGUAGAAUCAAAAUCCACUCAAGAAAGAGAAAAAGAGAAAGAACCAUCAAGAGAAAGAGAUUUAGCAAAGGAAAUGAAAUCAAAAGAGACUGUUAAAGGCGGGGAGAAAACACCAGUUUCUGGGUCCUUGAAAUCCCCUGUUUCCCGAGCAGAUAAUGCAGAGCCCGAAAGAGAAAAACGUCGAAAGCUUGAUUCCCACCCUUCUCCAUCCCAUUCUUCCACAAUAAAGGACAGUCUGGUCAAACUCAAGGAGUCUUCAGCAAAGCUCUACAUCAACCACACUCUACCGCCAUUGUGCAAGAAUAAGGAGAGAGAAACGGACAAGAAAGAUUUGGACAGGUCAAGGGAAAGAUCCAGAGAAAGAGAGAAGAAAGACGAAAAGGACAGGAAAGAGCGGAAAAGGGAUUACUCAAACAGUGACCGGGAAGUGCCCCUAGACUCCAUCAAAAGGCGAAAGGAUGAGAAUGGAGUACUGGCGCUUUCAAAACACAAAAGUGAAGGUCCCUGUGAGUCUGCUUAUCCAAAUGAGAAAGACAAGGAAAAAAAUAAGUCAAAGUCCUCAGGCAAAGAAAAAGGUGAUUCAUUUAAACCUGAAAAGAUGGAUAAAAUAUCCAGUGGGAAAAAGGAGUCUGGACAUGAUAAAGAAAAGGUAGAAAAGAAAGAGAAAUGGGACAGUUCUGGAGAUAAGGAAGAGAAGAAACAUCAUAAGUCCUCAGACAAGCACAGAUAAUGAAGACUUUCAGCCAAGAGUGUGGGCAGGCCUCUGAGAUGAAGGUUUCCCUGCAGAGGAUGCCAGAGCUCUGUGUCACUCUCAAAACAGUAUCUUCUUUAAUUAAGAGCUCUUGGUGCUGUCCAUCUUAUGAGAAUCUGCUUUAAGUCAGAAGAUGAAUAUGCAUCACCAUCCUCUUGAGACAUUGCAAAGUCACUGGUUUUCAGACCAUUAUUUUCACCUCCGGGCAGUUUCUUGCAGCAAGAUCCCUGUGCGUACAUUUUUUUAUUGAAACAACACUACCCAGAAACAGCAUCUAUGAAAUUUUCACCAGCUGAGUCUUAGAUCACCCUUAUAAAGGGGGAAAAUCCUCUUUUCUUCAAUGGAGGACUUCUGGAAGAUAUUUGAAAAUGAUUUUGAAAGCACUCAAUUUCCCCUGAAAAUUGUUUAUUUGGUGGGGGAAAAAAAUCAUCUUUUCUAGACUGGAGGACUUCUGGGAGGACCUGCUGUGCAUUUACCAGUAUAUAAGAAAUGGGCUAUGGUAAGUUGUGGACAUUACUGCUCUACCUUCAGAGGGUGCUGGAGUCCCAACUGUAAAAAGUCUGGCAGGUGCCUUGCAGCUAUUUAGGUCCUUCAGAGACUCACUGGCUAUUUGAUCUCCAUAGCGAACUUAGAAGUUCCUACGGAGCAUAAACAUGUCCUCAAUCUGCGGAGCCUUUUCCAAUGUGCUACUUCAUCUCACAUUGAUAAGAGGAAUUUGUACAGCUCCUACUAUGUGCCAGACCCUGUUCAAAGAUAAGAGUCAAUGCCUCUAAGUUGGAUCUACACAAGUGGAGUUGUGUAGAGUGGACGAAGAGGACCAGAAUUACCACUGGAGAAUAGUUGCACUGGAGCAGGCUGUUACCUGAAUUUGUCAAGGAGCAGGGAGCAAACAGCUGCCCACAUUGCUGGCUUUGGAAAACAUCUGGCUGGAUCAAGAAACCUAGUCAACUUUUAAUGACUUCAUUGUACAACACCAACAUCAACCUGUUCUGUGGGUCAGGCUCGCUUUCUGGGAUUAAAGCUCUUGAAAUUCAUGUUCUUACAAGACCAUGAGCCAGCUCUGACAACCAUGUCAUGAUGUGCCAUUAUGUUCUUCACUGUUUUCCUUGGCAUACUCCAGUUGGCAUAGCUCAUCAUUGGCACUCAGCUGGAUAACUUAAGUGCCUUCCAAGAAUACAUGAAGGACCUUGGCAGUCAUCACAGAGCAUGGCCAGGCUCGACACCAGAUAUUGAGCAUGAUCUUCAGCAAAAUGAAGUUGGAGUCUAGUGCGGAGGGCCCGUUCGGAUGUCACACCCACCAUGAUUGACAGUAGUAUAGCAGCAAACCCUGAGUGGUGUGGUCCUCUGAGUUUUCUUUUCCUGCAACCUGGUGAGAACACAAACAGACACAUGGAGCAUUCCACUGGCAGCAUAGGUGUUGAUCGAUCAUACAGCUAGAGAUUGUGGAGCUGGCCAGACUGAAGAGACAUGAGGCAUGAAAGAGUGCUAGACGCUGUGGCCAUACCCUUAAAAAUUGCCUGUUGACUGGUGGUGACAGUGAGGUCACAGGAACAGAUGAACUGCUGGUACAGUGCACAAUCGGUUGGAGUGUUGGAACUGAUGAUACAGUGUCCCAGUCAGGCCAGCAUCUUCAGAUGACAGUGAGACUCAGCAGUCAACUUUGCCCCAGAAGUCCUUCACCUCCUUCCAAUCUACAGUGGACCCAGAAGUUGGAGGCAGAAAUAAAGAUCUGGUAAUCCACUGUGUGGUCCUGAGUGGAUUUGCCAUAACAAGUACAAGGAUAUUAUUUACGCCUGAUAAUCAUAUGAUGCUGGUCUUUAUAACUAAUUAUUAAUCUUCUGCACUUGAUUUUAUUUUCCAUAAACUUUA